AUGGCACCAUGGACGAGAUGGCUGAACACUUUGCUUGUCGGCCUCUUCUCACGGACUUUUCUCGUCCUUGCUCAAUUUCCACCCCUCCCGGCCAAUGAUUCCCUCAUCAUAAACCCCUCUCCAGUCAACCCGAACGUCUCAGUCGCCUACAAAAGCGUUCCUGCUGGGACUUGUACGACAGUCUUCGAAACUCAGCAACAAUUCGCUGGCUACAUUACUCUGCCGCCUAAUGUUUUGGAUCCCAGCCAAGGAAACUACACCAUCAACACCUUUUUCUGGUUUAUUGAAGCAAGGCAGUUACCAGAGUCUGCUCCAUUGGCCAUCUUCAUCAAUGGCGGUCCCGGGUCCAGCAGCAUGGUCGGUCUAUUUCAAGAAGUUGGCCCUUGUGAAGUUGUGGAAAUUGCCAAUGGACAGCUGGGCACAGUUGCGCGAGACUGGGGUUGGGAUCGCAGUAGCAACAUCGUCUUCAUUGACCAGCCCGUUCAGGUGGGCUUCUCCUACGAUGUUCUGACAAACUCAUCUCUCAAUCUGCUCGAUGAAACCACUGCCGUUCCACCGACGACGGUACCCAUCUCACAACCCAGCUACACUUUUCUCAAUGGCACCUUCGGAUCGGGAAAUCCGUCAUUUACAGCCAACACGUCGGAGAUUGCUGCUCAAUCGCUAUGGCAUUUCCUGCAGACAUUUCUCACUUCUUUCCCGCAAUAUAAUACUGCUCUUCGCACAGAAGCCACUGAGCCCACUGCAGAGGUCCACCUUUUUACCGAGUCCUACGGAGGCAAGUACGGGCCCGCGAUUGGGGCUUUCUUCGGCGUCCAGAAUGAGCGUCGUCAGACAGAUCUUGGCUUUGCCAACACGACCAUUGAUAUUACCUUAAAGUCUCUGGGUAUCAUCAAUGGAUGGAUUGACCUUUUCACCCAGACUCCAUAUCACCCGAAAUUCGCAUACGAGAACACCUAUGGCAUUGAAGCCAUCUCACAGCUUCAAGAGCUCAACGCCCUAAGUGCAUACAACAGUGCAGAUGGCUGCGAGCAGCAAACUGCCUUUUGCCGCUCAGAAGAAGCUGAGCUCGACCCAAUGGGCUCCGGAGAUGUGGAUGCAGUCAAUGAGGCAUGCUCGCAAGCGCAAUCGUACUGCGAAUCCUAUGUAGUUGGACCCUACACUACAUCAGGACGAUCCAUCUACGAUAUUUCCCAAAGUGUGAUCGAUCCUUUUCCAGGCGCGCUCUACUUGGAGUAUCUGAAUCAGCUGUCGGUCCAGCAAGCGCUCGGUGUUCCAGUCAACUACAGCCAGGAUUCAGUAGCUGUCUUCGCUGCCUUCGAUGCCACAGGAGACUAUGCGCGAGAUGGCAUCAUCCAAGAUCUUGUUGGUCUUCUCAAUACCGGUGUCAGGGUCGCACUUAUCUACGGCGACAGGGACUACAUCUGCAACUGGAUGGGAGGAGAAGCAGCUUCUUUCGCCGUAGCCGGCGCGGCCGGUCCAUCGUAUCUGCCGUGGUACGAAGCUGGAUAUGCUCCAAUCGUGGCCAAUAGCUCCUACAUCGGCGGCGUUGUUCGAGAGUUUGGCAACCUAAGCUUCAGCCGAAUCUACGAUGCAGGUCACUUGGUGCCUGCCUAUCAGCCCGAGACCGCUUUCACGAUCUUCUCGCGUGUCAUUGAAGGGACAGACAUCAGUAUGGGCAUGCCCGCCGAUUUAUCUACGUAUUCGUCGUCCGGGGAAGCAAACUCUUCGUACCAGAAUGUCCCCCCUCCAAUGGCGGAGCCAACCUGCUACCUGCGUGCCGUCAACACGACCUGUAAUACAGACCAGAAGAACAUGCUCGCGAACGAUGCUGGCGUUAUUAUCAACGGAGUUCUCUACGAUGAUGUCGCAGAUUGGCAACCACCAAGCCCAGGGGUUGCCACCAUGGCCGGGAUGCCUGGCACACCACCUGCCAGCAUAGUGGCCAGCCCACCGAUGCCAGAAACAAGCACGACGCAGGAAGUAACGCAGACAACAACCCUCGACACCACAGCCACAACAACAAAUGCCCGAAACUCAACUUCGACCGCCAGUACCAGGGGAUAUACCACGCAGAAACCACCCGCAAGCAGUCUCCCAACGGGCGUAUACACCGCAACGACUAUCCCGCCAACAUCAGCCGCCAGCAGAAGUACAUCUGCCAGCGCGACUAACGCGGCGUCGUCCAGCAUCCACAGCAAUGUUUUUCGUUCUUUGUCACUUUCGCGAGAUACCCGGCCCACAGUGGCAGCUUUUCUUUAUUUAAUCGGGAUUCUGAGUCACGCGUUCGUUGUCUAA